UCACGUCAGAAAUACUGAGCUGUGAUUGGUUAGCUGGGUGACACGAAAUUUGAAAUCCGGGAACUAACGGAAGACACCAUUUUCUCGAGUUCCAACAGAAGAAGGUUGUUGCCGACGGAGGAACAGGAGUAAUUUUUACCUUUGCCGGCCCCAAGGCAUCGGUAUUAGGACAAAUCUAUAUGAGCUAGAUUUUAUAUUGGAGUGAAGAAGAGGAGAAGUAUAAUCAUCAUCAUGCCGAGAGAACCAAGCAACAGCACAGUGCUGACACACACACUUGGACUGCGUCUGCACAAGUUCAUGACAUCACAACUGGCGGACUUCAACAAGACGUUUGAGGAGGAGCACAUGACAUGGCUGAACGAAGUCCUGGAGGUGGCCAAGAAGUCCUUUGCCAGGAAAGAACCAGAGUUGCUGCCCAAGACGCCAUCAGCCAAGAACCGCCGGAGACGCAUCCGGAAACUACCAGAAGUAGAGGAGGAGGAAGAAAAUGUGGAGCCUGCAGCUAAAAGGAGGAGCUCUGCUUCUAGACGGAGUAGAGCCAUGCGGAGAUCAAACGCCCACGAACUCAAGGCCAUCUCUGAGACAGAACUGCUCAAGGCAACCCUGAACAUCCCCACACAGAAGGUGGAAGACUGCAAGACUCCUCCCCCUACGCACGCCAGCCAAUCAGUGAGCUUUGCCCAGCCGCCUCCCCCCAAGACCACACGCUCUACUCGCACACGGGGCGGAAAUACCACAGAGUCCGAUUCCGAAGCAGAGGUGACGGUCAUCCGACCAACCAGAGCAACUCGUGCAUCAAGGCAGAGAAACCUCACGCAAAGUAGCACUGGUACUGAUACAGAGGGUGAAGAAACAACAGAGCAUAUACCACCAUCUAAAAGAGUCAAGAAGGGGUCUGAACCCGAGUUGGAUAAUGCAAAGGCAUCUGGCAAAAGUGGGACCGACACAGAAAGCGAGGAAUCUGUUGCAACAAACAGGUCUACGCGUACCAAAUCUAGACUGCAAACGGAAUCAGAGGCUGGCGCAGAAAUGGCACCUGGCAAAAGCGGGACUGACACCGAAAGCGAAGUAACUGCUACAGCAACCCGUUUGACACGCACUAAAACCAGAUUGCAAAAGAAAUCAGAAGAUGAGUCUGACAAGGCAAUGGCAUCUGGCAAAAGUGGUACCGACACCGAAGGCGAAGAAGUAGGUACAACAACCAGGUCCACUCGCACCAAAACUAGACUACAAAAGAAGUCCGAAUCCGACACAGCAAUGGCCUCAUCGGAAACCGACACGGAAGGCGAAGAAACCACGACAGCCAGAUCCACCCGCACCAAAACUAGACUGCAGAAAGGAUCGGAGUCAGAAUCAGACACUCAGAAGUCUCCGGCAAAGAAGAGACAAGCCAACAAAAUCAAGAUCGCAGACAAACCAUCUGAGGAGACCACAGAAAGCGAGAUGUCAGAGGGAGACGACAAGCCUACAAGUGAAAGUGAGGACGUGGAAGAGAUGGAGACAGAAAGUGUCAAGACGCGCUUCUUCCCAGAAGUCCGAACGUCUCCAGUGAAGCCAGCCACCCCCGGUACCGGCUUUGUCAAGGAUCUUAUCAAGAAACACGAAGAGAUGAUAGUAAGUUCUUCCGAUGACGACACGCCACAGAAACAGCUAAAGAAGCCAAUAGCAGGCAAACUACAGCAGAAGUCCAAGACACAGCUAGCGGCAAGCCCCGCCCCCCAGCAACAGCCAAUGAGAAGCACACGCUCAAAAGCAAGACAGUUUGUGUCAGCCGCAGCGAGUAAGAUCGUAGAAUGGAUGGGAGGCAAGGACGCCGCAGAAACCGACAGCGCUACCAAAACUGAUGCUCCUGUUGAAGAAGAGGAGAUGAUGCAAGAAUCUGUUGAACAAGACAGCUUGGAAGAGGAGACAGCCAAGUCUGACAUCUCAAACACGAGCAACAGAUCGACACGGUCAACACGGUCUAGCCGACGGAGCUCCAAACGCCAGUCGGUCCGCCUGUCCUGCAAAGUCGCCACCAUGAAGCGGAAAUCUUCCGUUCUCCCGCGGCAAAAAGUCGAGGUUGCGGAGACGGUAGGACGGAUGUCCACACGAGCUUCACGCUCCCGCGCCUCGCAUAUGUCAUCAGCAUCGGAAGACGGAAAAGAUUCAACCAUGGAGGAGAUAAUGAGACCUCCUAGUAGGAAAAGGACCUCUAGAAGUGAUGACAGCUCGGAUGGAGGAAAGACCGCCCCAGCCAAGAAGCGAUCCAAGCUGUCCCAGUCUGGUGAACCAGAGGUCGUUGACCUGUCCAGGGAUAGCCUAGAAAACAGCCAGGGCUCUAAGGCCAGCCUCAAAGCAACAAGUCCAAGCUUGGCUAAAUCUGAAGAUAACUCCACGGAAGACGAAGAAGAAGACAUCGUUGACAAGACACCCUCUCCCAAGUGCCCUCGGAGCAAGGCUAUAUUCACAAGACCUCUUCUGAGAUCACAACAACGGGUCAUUCGUCCUCGUCCGAAACAGUUCUCGUUCCUGACCAGCAGCAGGAGUUCCCUCAUGACGCCAGGCAACCUGAACGCCACUGUCACCUCCUUCAUCAAGAGGAACACUCCUGUCAAACAGAUGUCUUCAGAGGAGAGAGCCAGACAGAUGAAAAUGAAGCUGGCUGCCAAGAAGGCAAAGGAGGCAGAGAUCAUCAAGAAGAGAGAGGAGGAGAAGAAACAGAAAAUGGAAGAGCAAAAACGAAAACGAGAAGAGAGAACCAAGCGGGCUGCCAAACUGCGAGAACAGAGAGAGAAGGCGGACAAGGAGAAGAAACUACGUCUGGAGAAGGAGUACAGCCACCGCGUGGCCGAGACGGAGAAAAUUAAGGAGGAACGUCUGGCAGAAGAUGCCGCAAAGAAGAAGCUGAAGCUACAGAAGAGGGCUGAAGCUGAGGCGAGGAGGAAACAGGAAGAAGAGGCCAGGCUUAUGAAACUGAAGGAACAGGAGGAAGAACAGCGGCGCCACCGCGAGCUGAUCCUACGUAAGAGGGAACACGAGGAGGCGGAGAGGGCGGCACGGGCAGAGGAGCUGCGCAGACAGGCCGAGGAACGGCGGCUAGAACUGGAGAGGGAACGACAACGGGAGAUCGAACUCAGAAAACAACAGGAGGAGGAGAAGGAAAGAGAGAGGCAGCGUAUUGCAGAGGAGAGGGAACGUGAGCGUAAGGAACGUGAACGGGAAAAGGAACUACAGCGUGAAGCAGAGAGGAAAGCUCGCGAGGAGGCUGAAAGGAGAGCACGGGAGGAGGCUGAACGCAAGAAGAAAGAAGAAUAUGAGAAGCAGAAAGAAAGGGAUCGCCAGCGGCUUGCAGAGAUCAUGCAGAAGGAGCGCGAGCGACAGGAACGUGAACGCCGCGAGGUUCAGGAGGCCGAGGCCAAGAAGCGCGCGGCCAUCAUGAACUCCUCUCUGAACACCAGCAGCGCCUCUGCAGCCAACACCAGUAUGAACAGCAGUCUGCAUAAACCCAACCUCAACAACACUUUCAACAAGGAGGGGAACCCCAACUCUUACGACAUGACUCCACAGCAGAAGCGUACGUACAAGGCUGCGACCGAGGAGAACUACCACAUCGAGGACCUGCACAGCGAUGAUUCCACAGAUGACGAAGACCAGCCGCGUAAGAAGAUCCCAAGAUGGGCACAGGGAGCACCUCUGAAAGCUCAGCUCAUCAACCAGUGCUACUAUCCUCCCGACCUCAGUAAGAUCUUUGGAGACAUCAUCGACACUCCGGAUCUCACCCAGGUGUUCGGCGUGAAGAAGUCUCGCUUCAACAAGCGUACCAGCUCCGCUGUGUGGAACUCUCCUCUGCUCAAGACAUAGAUCAUCACUUUUAGACAUAUAUCUUGAGUUGUUUGAUUGAUAUCAUUGCAAGCGGUAACAGUACACGCAGUCCUUCAUGCUUUAAGCCAGUGUCAUUCUGACUGUCAACAGGCAUAGGCCAAACUUGUUGAUAGCCAGAAAGCGACUGCAUUUCAAAAGCAUUGAGUAUGCUUUUUGCUUGAGGAUCUGCUAUUACAGGGUGAACAUCAGGCAAUCACUUGAAGUGAUUGAGACAUCACUGGUCGUUUUAAGGCCAAGGAUGUUUUUUGAGAUUGCAGACUUGUUAGGUGAGCUAUCCUCCUGCAAUUGUGAUACGGACUAAAGUGGAGGAAAUGUACCAGAAUAUGACAAAUUUCUUUUAGUCUAAGAAGGUUGCUUUCUUGCUCUUUUAAUGAGCAAUGACAUUGCUGGUGCUUUUCAAGUCAGCAGCAGGAUUGGUAUUGUCUGUAAAUAAAUGGGUAAAAGUCGGGAAGGAUUCUAGAUUUUGUGCAAAUUUGAAAGUGUGAGGUUGCAUGUCACAUUCUUGGUUAUAGAAAUUAGCUGGAACAUAUCUUUGCUAGAUUUCAAUUUCUUUUAGAACUAUUCAUUUUAAUCAGUGUGAGAAUGUCAGAAGCAUGGCUGAUCUGUUCUUUGUUCAUGUCUUUGAUUAUUUCGAUAUACAUUUUGUUUUAUGUUCUUUUUUGCAAUUAAAUUAGAACAAAACUAGGCAAAGAGUUUGCAUAUUGCAGAACUUCAUGUAUAUGUAUAUUUGAAGGCACUAUAGAGCACAUUUAGUCUAGCACUAAACCCUUAGAGAAAAACACUACAUAAGAUACAUUGACAUCGAAUUCUGUAUAGUUUUCUCUCAGUUUUCAUAGAUUUUAUGCUGCUUUUAAGAUUCAAUAUAAGCAUAAAAAUCCUCUCAUGUUGUGCAAAUUUAUUCCAUUCAUAGUUUAACAGGACAACAUUGAUAUAUUUACAAUGUAGAUGAUGUACAUAUGCCAAGUCGAUUUUGUGUUUUAGUUUUCAAUGGGAAAUAUGGGAGACUUGGGUUAGCAUAGUAUGCUGGGAAUACUUUUCAAUUUUAAAUCAUUUGAAUGACAAAGCACUUUGAUAGAAAAAUUUGCCAUUUUUAUCAUUUCUAGUUAGUAAUAAACUUGGAAAAACUAA